CCCACAGUACCAGUCCCAGCUGCCGAUGUCAGUGGCAGCACACAAAAAGAGGCAGGACUAACUUUCCUUUAUGCCAGGCAGCAAAUUAAAAGAAAAGAACUGAACACAAAACUCAAAAGAGGAGAACGAGCAAGAGCAAGAGCAAAAUCAAUAAGAUACUGGGGAGAGAAGAGUCGUGCAGAGAUCUUCUUUCUGCUUUCUGCUUUGUGUGUGGCAAGUGUAGCCAAAGUGCUGAGUAAUGUGGAGUAAUGGAGACCUUUUUGCUGGCGGCGGCAACAUGAUGUGAAACAUGGCAAUCGAAUCAGCCAAAGCCAUUUAGGGUCAUCAAUUGGCAGGGUCGCCGAGGACACGCAGAGAACGCAGAACCCAGCGGGCUGUGAAGAGAAAGCCGCCAAGAGAGAGAGUGCAGAGGGAGGGAGGCCAAAGGGUAGCCAAAUGCACAGCAUGGAGCAACGAAGGAGCAGCACGACGACCACGAUGGGUCUACCAGUUUGGUGUUUGCUGAUGCUCUGUUUGGUGGCUUGGACCUACGCCGAUGACUGGUCCUUGAGCUGCGCUUCGAACUGCACCUGCAAGUGGACGAAUGGCAAGAAGUCGGCCAUCUGCAGCUCCCUGCAGCUGACCAGCAUACCCAGCACCUUGAGCACGGAGCUGCAGGUGCUCGUGCUGAAUGACAACCACAUACCAUACCUGAACCGGGAGGAGUUCUCGGCCUUGGGGCUGCUCAAUCUGCAGCGCAUUUACCUGAAGAAAUCCGAGCUGCAGUACAUCCACAAGGAGUCGUUUCGCAGCUUGAAGAUCCUCGUGGAGAUCGAUCUGUCGGACAACCGACUGGAGAUGCUCGACAAGGACACGUUCAUGGGCAACGAUCGCCUGCGAAUACUCUACCUGAAUGGCAAUCCGCUGAAGCGGCUCGCCGCCUACCAGUUCCCCAUUCUGCCCCACCUGCGGACUCUGGACAUGCACGAUUGCCUCAUCUCCUACAUCGAUCCCAUGUCGCUGGCGAAUCUCAAUCUGCUGGAGUUCCUCAACCUCAAGAACAACCUGCUGGAGAGCCUCAGCGAGUACGUGUUCCAGCACAUGGCCAACCUGAAGACGCUCUCCCUCGAGGAGAACCCGUGGCAGUGCAACUGCAAGCUGCGCAAAUUCCGCUCCUGGUACGUGGCCAGUCGCCUCAGCUCCGUGAGUCUCGUGUGCAAGGGUCCGCCGGCGCAGAAGGAUCGCACCUGGGACAGCGUUGACGACGAGCUCUUCGGCUGUCCGCCCCGCGUCGAGAUCUUCAACAACGAGGAGGUGCAGAACAUUGACAUUGGCAGCAACACGACCUUCAGCUGCCUGGUGUACGGCGAUCCACUGCCGGACGUCGCCUGGGAGCUCAACGGCAAGAUCCUGGACAACGACAAUGUGCUCUUCGACACGGAGAGCAUCGCCUCGGACAAACUGUGGAGCAACUUGACCGUCUUCAAUGUGACCAGCCUGGAUGCGGGCACGUACGCCUGCACGGGCGCCAAUCCCAUCGGCAGCAUGACCCAAAACAUCAGCAUCUACCUCAGCGAGAUUGUGCAGCAUGUGCUGGUGAAGACGCCAGAGACCUUCUGGUACUUUGGCCUCAUCAUGGGCAUCUUCGGCACCGUCUUCCUGCUCAUCGCCAUCUCGUUUGUGGUGUGCCUCUGCAAGCGCACCACCCGCCAGCACCGCCACACCAGCAAGGCGGGCGUCAAGUCCAGCGUCAGCUUCAACGACCAGGAGAAGAAGCUCCUGGACUCGAGUGUCACCACCACCACGAAUGAUCGUGGGGACAGCUACGGCAUCGACAACAAUCCCAACUCGAUCAGCAUCAACAAGGCGGACUCGGCCGGUCUGAGCUUCAACCAGAUCGAGAUCCAUGCCGUGGAGAACCAUCGCUCGGGCCUGGGCCAUGGCACAAUGUUGGUGCAUCAGCAGCAACAGGGGCAGCAUCAGCAGGGGCAACAUCAGCAGCAGGGACAGGGCCAGAACGUGGGACAGCAUAUGCGGCAGCAGCUGAUGACCGUGAAGGAUCCCACAUGCGGAAUGAUGACCGUGCCCACGUCCAUGGCGGGGCACACCCACAGCCACACGCAUCCCGGCCAGAUCUCCGAGGAGUUUCCCCUCAAUGUGGGCGUCUUUCCACCGCCACCCGAGUUCUGCUCGAACAUUGUGCCGAAUCCGGCCUUUGGGGGCAACAUCUUCAUUCGCGUCUCCGUCACGCAGGACAUGCUCGACGGCGCGGAUCUCAACAUGUAUCCGGAUCUGCUGAACAUCCCCAAGCGGAUGCAGGACGUGCAGUGCAGCGACGGGGGAGCUGGCACAGUGAGCGUGCCCGAGGGCCAGUUCGCCACGCUGCCACGGCACACCACGCGGCGGGGCAUCCUCAAGAAGGAUUCCUCCCUGCAGCAGCAGCAGCAGCAGAACCAUCACCAGCAACAGCAGCAGCAAGGUGCCACCACUGGCCUGUAUCCGCACGACGAGAUCGUGACCUACAACCUGGAUGCCAGCGGAUAUGUGGACUCGCAUAGCCACCAGACGACCUACCACUGCGUGGGCAAUGGCCAGAGUAAUCCCAUGGAGCUGCCACCGCCUCCCCCACCGCCCGCCGUGACGGCUGUGGUGCAGUGCCACCACCCGAACUCCAGUGCCAGCGUCAUGCCACCCGUCUCCGCCGCCAGCUGCGUCAGCUGCAUCAACAACGGCCCGCCACAGCCCUCAGCCUGCCAGACGCCACCCAUCGAUGUGACGCCGCUGCGGCCGCUCUGUGGCAAGAGUGGAGGCGGCGGCGUCGAUAGUUCCGCGUACCCCAAGUACGACAACAUGGGACGCCGCAUCACGGCCAGCGGGGGCCUGGGCAACUCCACGCUCUCGCUGCCCGACGACGAGGAGCAGUACGAGAAUGAAACGCUCUUCAACGAGAACCAGAACCAGUCCGAGCAGCAGUCCGUCGGCGGAGAGCAGUCGCAGUCGGAUCAUCAUCAGCAGCAGCACCAGACAGAGUCCGGCCAGGGCCAGGACAAGGACAGAGGAGAGUUUGUGUCGCUAUAGUAUUAUAGAACGCAGGUGUAAAUAGGUCCAAAUAGAUUCGUGCCCCCAGAAACCAGAGAACCACAGCCAAAUCAUUCAUUCAGAGAUCACCCGACCCAAGCCAUCCUUGGCAAUCGUUUGUUUCAUAUCAGUUCUCAGACACAGAUGAGGUGUAUAUCCAGAUAGUAACCGAAACAAUCCUUUGACUGCCACAGCAUCACCCCCAGAAAUGAUUAGAAAUUACUACAGAAAAUCCGAAAGAAGAAAGAGAAUCCCCCUUUGAAUCGCACCACAUAGAAACCAUUUUAUCGCAUAUAAACUUAUAUAUACUUCUGUAUACUUGUGUAUUCCAUUUAGAGAUCUCCAAACUGUCCCCAAUGCGUAGCUAGAAAUCGAAUAGUUGUAUCCCCCUCUCCGUAAUGCUGUAAAGAUAAUGUAAUGCUAGAGAUUAUAGCGACCAAAAACUGAUCUUCAUAAGGUGUAUAAAUAUAUGUCAUAUAUCCAUAGAGAUGGAGAGAGCAUUUGCUUCUGGGGUGCUAGAGUUUGUUGGUGGAGUAUUUUAUUAUUGAAUUACGUUUUAGAGAUCAGACACUGAAUAGGAUUAGAGCCAGGAUGUGGGAAUCGUAUUCAUAGCAUCGCCGUAGCAAGAGACACACAAGGCAUAUUACAUAUUUAUACUUAUAAUGUUAGCAGAUCUAUUGUUAUGGCAGACAUAAACACAAGUACGGAAACUAUAUAGCCAACAUCGAUGUACAAUGAAUGAAUAUAUGAGUAUAGUAUACAGUCUUUAGUCUUUAGUCUCCCUCCCACUUUAAAGUAGUUCCUCCUCCCUCUUCUUUCUGUACAUAUGUAAAUGUAUUCCUAAAUGCUUAAGGACUUUUAAAUCAAAAUCAUUUUAUACUCCCCUACCUACCUAUGUAUAUCGUAUAUAGAGAAAGAAACCGCAACGAGUCGUGCCAAAUCAAAUGUUUUUAAACUCAAAUCAAAUCUACUUUUAAUCUGUUAUCCUCUGGCGAAUUGUUUCCCCGAAUUCCCGCAGCAACUGCUGGGAUUAUGCGAGGACACCUAGUACCUAUGAUUUGUAUUGUAUUAGCAGUUGUCAUCUAGUCAAUCUACCCACACAUAUGCAUACAAGUAGUGUUAAUCCGUUCCUAUCCUAGAAUACCUAUAGAAGAAAUCCUUUUAGUUAUCAUCUGCCAUCACAGCCAACAACACACACAAUUUCUCCUGCAAGUAGACCAAAUGCAAUGUCAGCUAAAUCUAAAUAAAACAUAGAUUUAUGUAU